AUGCCGCUCAUCGAGGAGAUCGCCGAGGAGGAGCCCAUCGACGACGUCGAGCCCGGGCGCGGGGACGAGUGCUCCAUGAGCGUAGACGUGAAGAUACAGUGGAGUGAGCGGCUGAAACUCGCCGGUAACGCACACUUCAAGCGCGGGAACCUCGAGAAGGCCGUCGCCAAGUACCGCCGCGGCGCCAAGCUCUUCGAGAUGCUCUACGCGGUUUCCGCCACCGACGAGGAGGGUUACGAGGCGGCGAACGAGCGCUGCUACGUCGCCGCCGCUCCCCUCUACAACAACCUCGCGCUCUGCCUGUACAAGCAGGGCAAGUGGAAGGAGGCCGCGGACGCGUGCACGGACAAUCUCGAUCUCACACCCACGGAUGCGAAAUCGCUCCUCCGACGCGCGGCGUGCUACGCCAAGAUUAACGAGUGGGUAGAAGCGGAGCGGGAUAUCAAGUGCGCGCUCAUCCUUUGCGAAGAGAAGUGGGCGCUCAGGAGCGCGGCGGAGACCAGGAAGGAGAUCAGGGAGCUCAGGCUUAAGCAGAACAUGGCGGAUCACGCCGUCAUCGGCGGCAAGAUCGCGGACAUGAAGCUGUACGACGCGGCUGACGUGGCACCCACCGGCGAGGCGUUUCCCCACAGCGGCAGGCGCAAACCCUCCGUGACCACCGUGGAGGACGUGAAGAAGGAGCUCGACGAGAUGGAAGACGAGGACAGGGAGGAGACGCGCCGCCGCAAGGAGGACUUUUACAACGGCAUGAUUCGGAGCGGCAAGUGGAGACUCGUCAACGCAUCUGGCGAGGAGAUCAAACAAAAGGCGAGACCCGCCGCAUGA